AUGCUGGGCCUCCAGGAGCUGCACCUGCAGCAGACCCUCCUCCGCGGCGCCCUGCCCGACGCACUGGGCGAGCUGCCCUACCUGAUGGUCGUCGACAUCCGCAACACCCUCAUGACCUGCUGCAACUCCACCGCCGACGCCGACGCGCUGAUCCAGUCCGCGGUCUCCCGCGGCGCCAGUCCGGGCAGUCCGGGGGCGUUCGACGGGCUGCUGCCGCAGUACGUGAGGUUCUCCGACCCGCCGCUGUGGGAGACGCCCGCGCGGCUGGACUCUGUUUUCUUCAACUUCACGCUCAGGGCAGCGCAGCCCACUGGGGCCAGCGACCCCGGGGAGAACAUGCAGUGCCCCGCCAUCGUGCGCGCGCCGGGCGCGCCGACGACGGACCAGGUGCUGUCCCCCGCGAAUCUGAGCAGCCAGGUCUGGCGGAUUGACCCCGAAUACUAUUGGUUCAAGGCCUGCGGCUGCGUCGCGGUGGGUGCAGAGGGGCGAGGGGUCUGGGGCCCGGGAAGCGGCGGCGCGUGCGCCGCGUCGCGGCGUGCGGGCUUCAAGGAGUCAUACGACCACAGCCAGCAGCUGCUGUGGGGCGACCCCGACCUCGCGCCCUACGGCUACCCAGACAUUGACAUGGUCGUGAAGACAUGCACCCAGAAAGACCAGAUCCUCGCCUGGCAGAUCGCCCUGAUCGUGGCGCUCGUGGGCGCGACCGGCGCGGUGCUGAUCACCCUCGGGUACUGCUUCUGCUGCCGCCGCGCGAGCAAGCCCGUGCGGGCGUUCAUGGCGAUCGCGAAGCGGGCGCGGGGGAUGCCGAGGGCCGGAAGGAUGAGCGUGGUCGUCACGGACAUCGAGGGUUACUCGGGGCGUUACCACCCGCUGCCGUCAGCUCACGCUUCAUGA